AUGGGAACUAAACGGGUAUCGGAAGCUGAGAGCUCUCAGAAUAGUUCCCAGAAUUCCAAACGGAUAAAAAAGGAAAAGAGACGACCUCAAGAGAAAAAAUCCAGCGAAACAAGAACAAAUGACCAUCCUGCAGACAAGCUACCAAUCCAGUUUCAGCUUAUACAACUACAAAAACUUACCCGAGAUUUACUCGCUCAAUCAGACAAUAUCGAAAGUACAGAAAAAGAGAAUGCGAAGGACCUCAUAAAAGGAUUAAAACGCAUAAAUAAGGCAUUUGAGAAUUCAGAAAAUACGUCAUUGAAUUGUACCAAGCAGCUACCACUCCCGCCUAUAUCGAGUGGUUUACCGUCACCAGCAGGAACACAUUGCGAUGGCAAACUGCCUCUACUACCUCCUAUCGGGGAUGAAUCCUUGAAAACAGCCGUAUUUACACACACUGGUAUCAUGGAGCGAGGUCCAGUAUCCACUCAAACCUCAGAGAAGACAUAUGACAGGCUGGAAGUACUAGGAGAUGCAUACAUCGAACUCAUCUCGACAAGGUUAAUAUGGGAAAAUUUCCCUACCUUGCCUGCUGGGAAAAUAGCACAAGCUCGAGAAACCAUGGUGAAAAACGAAACUCUAGCCGAAUACGCAAUAGCAUAUGGCUUUGAUCGGUUACUGAAGACCAGUUCGGAUAUAAAGAGCGUUUCAAAACGAUGGACGAAAGUAAUGGGGGAUGUCUUUGAGGCUUAUGUUGCCGCAGCCAUUAUAGCUGACCCCAAGGGUGGGCUUCAGGCAGUAGAAAGCUGGCUAACUCAAUUAUGGCUGCCAAAACUUGCGGAGGUGAAGGUUCCUUUGGCAUCAGUGACACUAGCACAGGGAAGUAAAGCUUCUUUUAAAGACAAGCUUGCCGCCACGGUCAUGAGCAGAGGGAUAAAGCUGCAGUAUCUUGAGGAGAAACCACGACAGCGCGAGGGUGGAUUGGUUACUUCGUUUAUCGGAGCUUACCUCACUGGAUGGGGUUACGAGAAGAAGCUCCUCGGAUCCGGAAGCGGUUUGAGCAAGUCGGAGGCAGGCAAUGAGGCGGCACUUAAUGCCCUGAACAAUAAGCCUCUAAUUGACCAGAUCGCUGCAAAGAAACGAGAAUACGAUCAGAAUAUGGCAGCUCAGAAGGCCGCUGCCGCAGCAGCAGCAGCGUCAAGUGCAGCAGAGACAAGCUGA